GCGAAGCCCAGUAGACUGUACAGGGUGCGGAUGCACCCAGACCAAAUCCAAAAAUUAGUUAUUACCAUCAAUUUUUUACCAUACACGCACCCCCCUUGGCCCAAAUUGAUGCACCCCCUUCGGCCCAGCUGCUCGGCGAGACCCCAGGCCCCAACUCCAAGCCCCUCGCGGAGUCGCGGCUCGCUCCCGAUGCCCAACUGGCUGACUCCGUCGCGGCGUCGCCCACUCGCCCUAGGCCCCAGCCGCCGCGGUGCCUCCACGACCACGAACCCACCGGCGAGCCGUGCUCCUGCUCGGCUGCUCCGCGCCUCCGUCGGCCGUCGACUCGCCGCGUGAGGCGUGACUGCGUGAGCGCCGAGUGCUGCUCCGCCGGCCGUCGACCCGUGCUCCUGCAGGCUGCAGUCCUACUCCGCUGUUCGGGCAGCUCGGCUGCUCGCCUAGUCGCCUGCUCCGCACAACCGCGCCUCCGCCGGCCGUCGUGUCUGCUCCCAGCUCCCGUGUCUACUUCGGCCGUCGUGUCUUCCCGAGACGCUCUGAGUUUGCCCGAACAGCAAAGUGCAGAGUGGCAAUAUUUGAGAGGUUUGACCGUGAAUCCGUGAUCGUAGUGGUAAGAUUGAUGCAUCAGAACUGCGCGAUGCUCUUCUCAGUCUGGGAUAUUCUGUUUCUCCAACCGUGCUAGACCUGCUUGUGUCUAAAUUUGACAAGACUGGGGGCAAGAGCAGAGCGAUUGAAUAUGAUAACUUCAUUGAAUGUUGCCUCACUGUUAAGGCCAAAUAUGUUGGUCAUUUAGGAGGUGCUUUGAGUAAAAAUUUACUUUUGAAGGUAAUUUGAUGGAACGGUUUUAUAAAAGGAAAGCACCAGAGCCCGAUAAUGCCAACAAUAAAAGGAAUUCAUGUCCAGAUGAUAUCAAUUGGGAAGAGGAGAUUAAAUAUGAUCCAGGCUUGAGGAAAUUAAUUGAUGAUUACCAUCCUAAUCAAAGAGAGAGGGUGAGAAGAAAGUAUUUAGAGAAUGGGCCAUCCCAACCUCGUACAUGCAAUUUUCCAUUCUCACAUAUAGGAGAAAGCCCAAGAAGAUUUAUUCCGGAAUGGUUCGAUGAGUUUGGAAGUUGGCUUGAAUACAGUGAAUCCAAAGAUAAGGAUAUUGUUAAAGCAAGGAUUGCCUUUUCGGGGCCAUGAUGAAUCGGAUGAGUCCCACAACAAAGGGAACUUCAGGGAAUUUCGUGAUUACACAUCGGAGCAAAAUCUUGCUUUACGCAAGGUAACAGGUAAAAAUGCAUCAGCUAACAGUCUUUUGGUAGCUCCUGAAAUCCAAAGGGAUAUUGUUAAAUGUUUUGCAAAGGAAGUGCUACAUUCUAUUCUAGAAGAAAUCGGGCAUGAUGUUUUUUGCUUGCUAGUUGAUGAGUCUAGAGAUAUUUCUUGCAAAGAACAAAUGGCUGUGGUUUUGAGAUAUGUUGAUAAAUGUGGAAUUGUUAAAGAGAGAUUUGUUGGUCUUGUUCAUGUGAGAGAAACAACUUCUACCUACCUCAAGUCUUCCAUUGAUGCUUUAUUUGCAGAGCUUAAGCUAAGCUUAAAGCAAGUUAGGGGCCAAGGCUAUGAUGGUGCUAGCAAUAUGAGAGGCGAGUUUAAUGGAUUGCAAUCAUUGAUUAUGAGAGAAAGUCCUACAACUUAUUAUGUUCAUUGUUUUGCUCACCAGCUCCAAUUAGUCCUUGUGGCCGUUGUGAGAAAGCAUAAAGGCAUUAGUGAUUUCUUUACUAGGAUUUCUGACUUGUUGACUGUUGUGGGUGGAUCAUCCAAGAGAAGGGACUUGAUCAGAGAUAUCAAUCAUGAACAUGUGAGUAAGGCCUUAGGAUGUGGGCAACUUGAAACUGGGAUAGGAUUAAAUCAAGAACAAUGUCUUCAAAGACCCGGAGAUACUCGUUGGAGUUCUCAUUAUAAAACUCUCAAAAGUUUAGUUGACAUGUUUCCUACAAUAGUCAAAGUGCUGGAAAUUGUGGAAAAAGAUGAUAAGGAUUGGAAACAUAGAGAUCAAGCAUCGAAUCUUCUAGAGUACUUCCAAUCUUUUGACUUUGUCUUUUAUUUGCAUCUCAUGUUGACUAUAUUAACAAUCACAAACACCUUGUCACUAGCAUUGCAACGGAAGGACCAAGACAUUGUGAAUGCCAUUAAAUGUGUGAGAUCAACUAGAUGCCAUUUGGAUGAACUUAGAAGAAAUGGGUGGGAAAAAGUAUUAGAUGAUGCAUUUGACUUCUGUGACAAGCAUGAUAUUAUCAAGUUGGAAAUGGAAGAUGCAUAUAUUGAUCCCAAGAAGCGUAGGAAAAAAUCUGGCAUUACAAAUAAGCAUCACUAUGAAGUGGAUUGCUUUAAUGAUGUUCUUGACUGGAUACUGCAAGAGCUUGACAGCCGCUUCAAUGAGACUAGCUCUCAAAUGCUUGUUUGCUCGGCCGCUUUCAAUCCAAGAGACUCAUUUUAUGAUUUCAAUGUAGAGAAUUUGAUUAGCCUAGCAAAACUGUAUCCUAAUGAUUUUAAUUUUGGGGAUUUGAGGGAUCUUAGCCAUCAACUUUGCCUCUACAUCGUUGAUGUACGAGAAGAUGAAAGAUUCUCCAACAUACAAACUAUUGUUGAACUUUCUCAAAAAAUGGUAGAGACAAGGAAGUAUCUUUGUUAUCACUUGGUUUAUCGACUUUUGAAGCUUGUACUAGUAUUGCCUGUCGCUACUGCUACAGUUGAGAGGUGUUUUUCAGCUAUGAAGAUUGUGAAAACUUAUUUGCGCAAUCGCAUCAGCGAUGAAUACUUGAGUCAUAGCCUUAUUUGUUAUGUGGAGAAAGAAGAGAUGACGAAAGUUACCAACGAGGUCGUGGUUCGUCGUUUCAUGAAAAUGAGUGGACGUAGAUACAACGAUUAAAAGGCUGUCGAGGAUCUUGAGGUCGGAUGAUAUAUUUUGCCGAUGCCGACCAUCUUUUGUUCAUUACUAUACUAACUCAGUAACCAAUAUCAGUUCUAUCAGCAUCACUAAUGUAUGGGAACCAAUAGAAGAAGGCCUUGUCCCAUUAGAGAUGACUAGGCAUGUUUUGAUGAUUUCAAUUACUUUGUCUCCCAAAGAGCUGGACAAGAACACUCCUGGGUACCAAGCUCCAGACUAUAUUGAACAGCUCAGGCAACAGCAGCACCUCCAGCAGGCGCCACCAGCCCACCACUGCAGCUCCAACCUCGCCGACCACCAGGCUAAUACCAGCAGCUUGAUUAUGAAGGUACAACAGUAAAAGUUCUCAAUGAUGUUGGUAUUUUUGUUGUUCUAGCAUCCGAUAAUUUUUGCUUGAAAUUAUACAUAUCAAUGUAGUUGUGCUAAAAUCUUGCACCCCCCUCCGUUUUGCUCUAGCUUCG